ACAGGAAAGCCCCAGAUAUAAUCCAUCCUGUUUUAUUACUACUACUACUUAUGAACACAAAGCUCUUUGCCCUGCUACCAACACCAUGAAUAUGAACCUUAUAGGUACUAUCAAUAUUGUGGGCAAGGCAUCCCAGUGUUCCAGUGGUGUCUUUCAGUUCCUAUCUCCUUGUGGCUACAUGAGAACCUGCACCGCCUCACUCACUGAGCACACCAAAUGAUGCCAAGCUGCUCAUACAAGUAAAAAACAAGGAGGACUGUGAAAUAUUACAGCAGGACUUUAACAAGAUCUGGAGAUUGUGAACUGCUGACAUUAUGGCAUCUGGAAGACAACUACGCAGUGGGAAAGUGGUCAGCGAUACAAGUGUACAGGAUGAACCAACUGAGAAGAGAAGAAAGGUAAACCUUGCCACAAGGUUGCCCAGUGAUGUGUAUCUCAUUAGACAACCCAGCUCCAGCAUCAGUGGAUCUCAACUCCCUACUAAUCGCCAGGUGUUCUAGUAUUUCCUGCAUUUGAGAAAUGAGAAUCCCAACAUUGACAAUAGGUCUCUAGCUCAUGAUACAGUGGAUGUCGUUUUACCAUUCUGGAGGAUGGCAAGGAUUAAAACAUUAACUAGACCAAAUGCAGUCAACCACUUCAUAGUCCUCCAUGAAAAGUACAGGAAAAUUGUCAAAAACAAGGGAAGAGAUAUCAAACUAGAGGAAGAGAAACGAACCGACUUUCUGAAGGACAAAGACAAGUUAUUUGAUAUUGGAUCAAAAGAUGCUGUGGAGGAGAUAAGAACCAACAGGCUGCUCACGAAGGAGACCAAGAAGGAGGACGUCAAUUUUUACUUGGACCAACAGACCACUCGACUGGCACACAUGUCUGGUCAUGACAAGGUGCAUGAGAAGUAUAAAGAGAAAAGCUUCCGAGAAGAAAGAGAAGAGAGAAUGUUAUCAUCAGUGACUGCUGCAGCAGCAGAAGUUGGGAAAAUUUCAACUGAUGAAGACUUAGAGAACAGUCAAGGCAGUAGUACUAAAAUACACUGUUCAAAAUACACUAAGCCAACACCAGGCUGUUCAUUAAAACCAAGUACAAUAACCUUACACUUUCCACGGUCAGUUAUGACCAGUAAAGAGAUUUGUAGCGCUGCAGAUCGGUUGUCACACUCUGACAACCAGACUAGGCUACAGCCAUGGUGUCUGCAAUGUUAAAGGCAGGAGGCGCGUAUCUUGACUUUGUUAAUCAGCCUCCACUACAAGACGAAACAGGAUAAACACUCGCCAUAACUUGAGCCAAAGUUACAUGAAUGACUUCAAGGAAAGUCCGCCAGAUUACUGCACAUUACACUGGGAUGGAAAACUUGUAAGGGAUGUUCUUGGUGAAACAUACCCAGUAGAAAGUCUUGUGGUGCUCGUCUCUGGUGCUCCACAGUAUGAAGAAGGGAAGCUACUUGGUGUACCCUUCAUAGAAAAGGCCACAGGAAUCCAGCAAUGUAAUGCUACAUUGGAGCUGAUAGAAACAUGGGGUCUCACAGACAAUAUUGUAGGCUUAGUAUUUGAUACCACAGCAAGCAACAGUGGCAUCAACAAGGGUGCAGCGAAGCUGAUUGAAGAAAAAUUAGACAAAAAGGUAUUCUACUUGGCUUGUCGCCAUCACAUAUCAGAGGUAAUAAUUGGAGGUGCAUGGGAGGCUGUGUUCAGCAAGGUCAAGAGUCCUGACAACCCAAUGUUCAUCAAUGUGAAAGAGAAGAGAGACAAGUUGGAUAAGGACUGCCCAAGAGUUCUGGGCCUAGUUGAACAAGACUUGAAACAGAAGAAGACAAAUACAAUUGCAGUCGUAAGCAAUUUUCUUGAGAAAGCAAGUCCGAGGGCAGAUUACAGAGAGGUGGCAGAGCUGUGCCUGAUCCUCCUUGGUGAGGAACCUCCUCAAGGUAUCCACUGGGCCAAGCCAGGUGCCAUUCACCAGGCACGCUGGAUGGCCAGAAACAUUUACUGUAUGAAGAUGCUCAUGUUUUCUAAGGAACUCAAAUACAACAAGGACACUAUCUUCAAGCUGGAGAGGAUGAACAAGUUCCUGGUCUUAUUCUACACCAGCCACUGGAUGACUACCACAUCUGCUGCUGACGCACCUAUCCAUGACCUCCAGCUUAUGAAGUACAUGCUGCAAUACAAGGAGUAUGACUAUGAACUGGCGACCUCUGUUCUCAAGAAAAUGAACAACCACCGCUAGCUAGUAUCUGACCCAGGAACUGGUGACAUUUACUUUCUUCAGCUCACAUGACAGCAUGACCAAGUCUGCAAAGGAGAAGCUCGCAAUCAAGCUGUCAGAAACAGAGAAACCUGAUAGCUACAAGAAAGGCAAGCCAGUGUUUCCUGUCAUCAACACAGCUACAGCUCUCACAGACCUGGUAGGGCCAGAGUCUCAAUUUCUGUUAAAUGCUCUUGGGAUGGAAUGUGACUGGCUAACUACUCCUGCUGACACCUGGGAAGACAAUGACAGCUACAAAAAUGCACAGAAGUUUGUGAGGUCAGUGAAAGUGACCAAUGAUGUGGCUGAGAGAGGUGUGAAACUGAAGAGUGACUUCGCGACUCAGAUCACAACUGACCUAGAGCAGAGAAGCAGCUUACUACAAGUUGUGGAGUACCACAGGAACAAAUUUGACAGUUUCAAGAAAGCCAUAUUGAACAAGUGACAAUACAUGUAUUAGUGACAUCCUAUCUGACAGUUUCUUACACAAUAUUUGUGUCAGUGCAGUGCUAUCAUACUACGUACCACGUUGAUUAUUUGAAGUGUCCCAUCUCAAGACACAGAUACACAUGUACAUGUGUAUCAUAUUUGUCUUUACCUGUAGUUAGUUUAAUUUGCAUAUUAUUGUAAUAUGUAUGUUUGUGCAUUAAAAAUAUCCAUCAAUUUGCAUAUCAAUGUAAUAAUAUGUAUGUUUGUGCAUCAAAAAUAUUUAUGUUUGUGCAUUAAAAUUAGUUAAAAUUUACACAGGUGUUCACGUGUUUGACACCAUAAGCAAGAAAAUUUUAUUAGCUUUCAUUUGGUACCACUUUCAAUGCUAUAGCAUCAACCUCUGGCAAGCUACAACGAAAACAAGGACAUAAUAUCCCGUAUUUUGCAGCGUUUUUGAAAAACGUCAACAGUAAAAUUACAUGGCUCUUGAGGCAAGCAUAGCCUGACUGGUCUUCAGAAGCCGAAGCAGCCUUCACUUCUGCUAAAGAAGAGCUCUCAGCAGUCUCCACUCUUUCCUUCCCAUCUCCUGACGCCAGCAUCUCCAUCUCCACUGGCGCGUCCAGUGUUGGGAUAAGUGCCAUACUCCAACAAUACAUCAGUGGUGGCUGGAGAUCUCUUGUCUUCUUCUCCAAGUUCAGUGCUGCAAAAUCCAAGUAAAGUGCCUUUGACAGGUAGCUUCUCGUCAUCUACAGAGCCAUCAAACGCUUCCGCUACUUCGUUGAAGGCCAGAAGUUCCAUAUCUUCACCGACCACAAGCCUCUCACGAGUCUUCCACAAUAACAAAUCUACCUACACUCCACGCCAGCUACGGCACAUCGAAUACGUGUCACAGUUCACCACCGACAUCCGAUAUGUUAAAGGCUUUGAAAACGCCCCUACUGACGCACUCUUUCGCAAUAUCAACGCUGUGUCUUCCUCCCUCAUCGACUACGCCACCGAUGCUGCAGACCAAGUGGACGACGCUGAGCUGCAGCAGCUGAAAGAAAAUGCCGCACUGCAGAUGAGGAAGGUACAGAUACCUGGAACAACCGUGCAGCUGUACGCCGACGUCUCCACGUCCAACGUCCAGCCUUACCUGCCUGAGCGCCAUCGCUACCCAAUGUUCAGUCAGCUGCACGACCUCUCUCACCCUGGCAUCUGUGUGUCGCAGCAGCUGAUGACAUCACGCUUCAUUUGGACUGGCAUCAACAAAGAUGUCAGGCUGUGGACCUGCAUUUGCUUGAAGUGCCGAGCU